AGAAAGAAUAAUGCCACAAUUAUAUUAUGCAUGCCUUGUCUGAGGUUGUGGCCACACAGGCGUUGCAUUAAUUAGGCUCAAAACAUGAGAAUGGUCAUGCUGGGUCCGGUGUUGCGGUUAGGUAAUUUUAGAUUUUGGAUUUUAAUAGGACUCUGGGAAGAGGAAGGGGGCUGUAAAAAAAAAUUCUGUUUUGCUUAUUUAAAAAUGUGGUGGGCCACUUCUGGUGGGCUUGUUGGGGAACCUCCCGAUCAUUCUGCUGAGUGGGGCCUUCAGUGCCUGCCCUAAAGUCCUGUCCCGAUGGCACCGCUGCCUGGGUGAUAUGAUGGAUCCAUCUAGCCUCUUAAGAGUAGCCAGCUCACAAGCAGGCUCUAAAAGGGACGGCCAGCUCCUGUUGUUUAUUCCAAUCAUCCAGGAAUCGGAGGUAUACUGCGCUUGGCUGUGGAAGUUCCAUUCUUAGCAGCUAUGGUGUCUAGUGGUUGAUAUAUGCUAGUGGCCAUUGCCAGAUAUUUCAGAAAAUGGACGAUUCCUGUUUUUGCAGGUUACCUGGACAAGAGAAAAGGGGACUUCGCAAAUAACGUAUCCAUUGGUUUUCCUUGCUUCCACAUGAGGCGCAUGCAGGCCAAGAAUGCAGCAGGUGGAGUGCAAGCUUCAGAAACGGCAUCCAAAUGAAAAGAAAGCCAGCUGGGCUGGGCUAACAUCUGUGCACCAGAGGCAUGGUGGUUUUGAAUUCUGCAACCAGAUAGGAAGCGACGCUAAAAAAGAGUCCCAGAUAAUUGUUUUCAUCUAGAGAUUCCCAGAGCUGAGUCAAGCAAGCACUUUGAGCAAGCGCAGAAGAUUAUAAAAUGACCAGAUGCAACAAGAUGCUGUAAAGGGACCACUCCCUCCCACAAGGGAGUGUUAAUAUCAUUUUCAGUCCAGUUGGCCAGACCUUCUCUGGCUACUUUAACCAGCCAGAAUGGGGAAUGGUCAAGUGCACACAGGUGGUCAGCUGUAUACUUCUAAAGAAUUCUGACCACAUCUGCAGGCCUCACAAAUGGAGAAAAAUAAUAUCCACAGACGUUGGACAAGCAGAUGUGAAUGAUGUCUCCACUGGUGUUCCAUUCAGUGUAAAAUCAAGGCAGGGUCGGGUGCAAGCAAUUUUAUUUGGAAAGAGUCUCACAGCGGGAAGAAGAGGACUUCUUCAGGAGGCCAGAAGCCACGGAAGCAGAUGUGGAAGAACCCACUGAGAAAACGGUCCUGAGCACCCCCAUCCUUUGGGACACACCAGGGACAUUUACAGAGGAGGUGGCGGUCUCCUCUGAAGCAACAACACCAGGCCUGGCUACCUCUGCAGCUGACAAGGAGGAAGUGUUUCCUGGCAUGGAUUUUCCCUUUCAAACCAUCCUUGAAGGCAGCACUGAGGAUGAAGAUGAUGAAUUUUUACACAGCCUAGUAACAGCACUGGGGAAGGGGGUGUCAACUGGGCUGGGAGAUGCAAAACCCUCAAUGUCUUUAGUUCACCAAACCACAAUCCGGGGAGACUCUGAGACAAAAGAGGCAAAGCCAGUGACGGAAAAAUCAUGGUGGCCUCCGGUGACUGUUACAAAGGCGCAUCCUCAGAAGACUGAAGAGGACCCACAUGUCUUGACUCCUGAUGUUCACCAAACUGUGGGCAGGGGAGACUCCGUGGCAAAAGAGGAGGAACCGCAACUCUCGACUCCUUCUGUUCACCAGACUGUGGUCAGGGGGGACUCUGUGGCAAAAGAGGUGAUUACAAAAGAGGAAACCUCAUCCAUUUCCCCUCCCAAGACAGCCACUGCCUCCAUUAUUGGGAUGCAUAAUCUUUCCCAGUGUGUCUGUCCAGCAACACCAGGCCCUCGUGGUGCAAAGGGAGACAAAGGUGACCAGGGUCCUCCAGGAGAAAGAGGACUUCCUGGGGAAAGAGGGCUAGCAGGCAAUCCAGGCCAACCUGGACCUCCAGGACCCCCGGGGUCACCAGGCCAGUCCCUUCCAGGAGCACCAGAAUGUGGUGGUGCCAAUGGUGGAAAUGAAAAGGAGGGCAGCAUCAUGGAGGGGCCCCCUGGUCCAAUGGGAUACCCAGGUCUUCCUGGACCUCCAGGAUACCCUGGUCAGGAAGGACCCCAAGGGCCCCCUGGCCUUCCAGGGCACGAAGGUCAGCAAGGUACUCCAGGCCUCCCUGGCACACCAGGCCAGCGUGGCCCAGCAGGAUCCACAGGGCCUGCAGGUGUUCCGGGGCCAAUGGGGGCAGAGGGAAUUCCCGGAGCCAUGGGCCCUGAAGGGCACCCAGGACUUCCAGGACACAUGGGGCCACCAGGACCACCAGGCACCCCUGGGCAGAAAGGGCCUCCGGGACAAGAAGGGCCUCCAGGGAAGGACGGGCCAAAGGGUGAGAAAGGUGAGGUCGGCCUACAGGGCCCUCCUGGCAAUCCAGGUGUGAAAGGUGAAAUGGGGCCUCAGGGUGUACCUGGGCCCAUGGGUCCUCCUGGUGAGAAUCAGUGCAACACUCAUGCAAGAGUUCCUGGGCCUCCAGGUCCUAAGGGUGAAAAAGGAGAACCUGGAGAACGGGAUUGCUGCAACUGCCCUCGAGCAACAGAAGCUGACUCUGACUCCUGGACACCUUUUACCUACCAAGAGAAUGGCAAAGGAGACCUUGAGAUAUAUGGCUCAAUUGCCAGCCGUGGUCCUCCAGGCCCCGCAGGAAAUCCUGGCAUGCCUGGGCCCCCAGGCCCUCCUGGACCACCAGGAGUUAUUUACCUUAAUAGGGUGAUCCCUAUCCCACCCAGGAGGCACUGCAAGCAACCGUUGAGCCAGGACCCAUCUUUGGAUUCAGAUGAUGGGCUGUCUUUGAAGGAUUCUUCCAAUGAAAACCAGUAUGGGUUUAAGCACUCCACGUGGAUCUUCAAGUCAAAAGAGCUGCUGUUCAAAUCGGCCUCCUCCAUUCCUGAAGGCAGCUUGGUUUACGUCAGUGAAGGGAAUGAAGCUUUCUUCCGAACCCCCAAGGGAUGGAGCAGGCUUCUGCUGGAGGAUUCAGAGUCUUUACUGGUUGGAGAUGACCCUUCGGUGUCUACAGAGAGAAAUCAGGUCCAAAACGACAAGAGCCAAGCAACCGUCCAGACUGUACCACCUAGCAUCCCCCAGAGGAUCCCUUCACUCCGCCUAGCGGCCCUCAACAUCCCCCUGACCGGUGGCAUGAAUGGGAUUGGUGGCGUUGACCUGCGGUGCUAUCGGCAAUCACAGGAGGCGAAGCUGCGUGGAACUUUCCGGGCUUUCCUGUCAUCACCCACUCAAAGCCUAGUCUCCAUCGUGAAGAGAACUGACAGGAGCCUGCCUAUUGUCAACCUUAAGGGCCAGCUGCUGGCAAAGAGUUGGAAUUCGCUCUUCAGUAGUGCUGCUCGUUUCAAUUCCCCAAAGUUCCCCAUCUACACCUUCAGUGGGCGCAAUGUCAUGACGGAUCCUAUGUGGAGACAGAAGGCAGUCUGGCAUGGUGUCAAACAACUGGGAGGCCACCAGGCCGAAAAUCAAGACUGUCAGGAGUGGCGAACAGCCUCCAGCCAGUCCAAAGGCCUUGCCUCACCUCCAGCCGGAGGCAAGUUCCUCACAGCGGACGCACAUAGCUGCUCAGACUCCCUGGUUGUUCUAUGCGUGGAAAAUGCCUUCUGAGAUGAGCGCAGCUUCAGAUCAGCAAGGAACAGCAGAAGGAGCCAGUUGCUACAAAGGCUGGAUCAGGAUGAAUGAAAUAAGCCUUUGACCCUUAAGACACAUGAGGUGGAAAAUGCAGGUACCCAUCUUUCCACCCCAGCUGGGAAAGAAUGUUUGAGAGGAAAGAAAGCUAUGCAUCGCCUGCACCUCAGCAAGCUGUCAUGUGUGCUGAUGUGUAGAAUCAGCACCUCACGCAGGCAGGUGCAAAUGGGGCUUCUGCUUUGUUACAAUGUGUGUACCUGGACUUACGUAAAUGUGCACCAUCAGCACUCAUGUACAGUAUGCUCAUAUACACACUGCAGAGACGUUUAGGAACUUUUGCUGGAGUUACAACGUGUGCUUGUUAUGGAUGUGUGUUAACCCUUAAUCUUAUGCCCACAAGAAGCUCCUGCAUGAAGAAACAAAGAAAGCUUGGUUUAUUAUACACGGUGUGACCAGAAAGUUUGGUGAAUGGUCACAGAAAUCAGACAGCGAGAAAUAUUUGAACAUACAUACCUUACAGGCCUUCAAAGUAGGCCCCCUCUCUGAGACAAUGCACCAUUAACAACAUUAGUAGAACUGUUGGAAACUUCUGGAGACGUCCUCUUUUCAGUUCCCUCGUCCCAGCAGCUUGGACGUGUAAUUUCCUCCCUACAAUCCUAUUUCCUCUCACCUUCAACUUUUGAAUCUAUUCUCUGUUUCCUCACUCCUGUUUUAAGUCAUUUUACUGACUGUACAUUUGUUUACAAUAUAUAAAAGGAGGUUAAUUUAUGUUAGCACAAUAUAUUUUUCAACGAUUUUUUUUAAAGGAUAGCUUAGUUGGUUAGAGGGGGGUUUAAUUCCAUCCAUCUUUUGACAUGUUUUUUCACACUGUAAUAAGUCUCCAUGAUGGAGAAGGUCCGGUGUGAAAUAAAAAUUGUUCGUUUGUCAUUCUCUUUUGCUUCUGUGCCAUGUCUUUUUAACUGUCAGCAUCCAACUACUUGUGGACUUUUAUAGCGCACCAUUAACAAAGUUAAUGCAUAACACAACCAUAAAACAGCAUAAAAAUACUGUUCAAU